AUGGCCCCCUCGGCCCGCCUCAUUUUGGACUCGUCCCUCCGCAAUCUCGAUUUCCUGCUCGCCCAAAAACCUAUUCUCGACCUAGUCUCCUGGACCAUCAAGGCCUUCUACCUGCUCAGUAGUAUCUCAAUCCUCAUUGUUCGCCUAACACCAGUACUCAGAGAGCGCUUUCUCGACUACGGAGUUCGUGCGCCCACCGGGACUGCGGUCCAAUAUCCUACCCCCGGAGACAACACUAAAAAGCCUUCGGCAAGCCUUCCAUUUCUCGACUUCCUCGCGACCUUGACCGUCCCUCAUUCAUGGUUCACCCAUUUCUACGUUCUAUGUGUUAUCUGUUCAGUCUUUCUGUUUCAGCAGGAUGUCUGGUGUCGCAUGACCUUUCCCGCGCGCGUGUCAUCACAGGCCUUACUCCUCCAAGGCGGCAGGAGACUCCUGGAGUGUCUCUGCUACCACCGGAAGAGCAAUUCCAGGAUGUGGGUAGGUCACUAUCUCGUCGGCCUGGCCUUUUACUUUUUCACAAACUUCGCCAUCCUGCUUGAUGGCGUCGACUGGUCCCACUGGGAUCCGACCCAUCCCAACAACGGAAAGAACGUCAAUUCGGAAGGUUUGCUGCAACGUUUGCUCUUCGGCAGUUUCUUUGCACUCGCUUCUUACAGCCAGUCCCUAUCACAUUAUUACCUGUUCAAACUCAAGAAAUACACUUUGCCAGACAAUCACGGCUUCAAAUAUUUCAUCGCCCCUCACUACACAGCAGAGUGUGUGCUGUAUGCCUCACUCGCGGUGAUUGCCGCUCCUCCGGGCAAUUAUGUCCAUUGGAACUUAUUCUGCGCACUUGUUUUCGUUGCGGUCAAUCUCGGUGUCACUGCUGACGGAACAAAGCAGUGGAUGUUGACCAAGUUCCCGGAUCGCCGAAGGGAAAUCAGAUUGAGACGAAAGUUGAUCCCCUUUCUCUGGUAG